UAUCGGGACAAAAUCUCUUCCUGAAAUCAGAACAACUUUCCGUCUAGCUAGACAAACACCGUGUACUGUUCAACCAAUAAAAACCAAACACUGUAACCGCCGUUAACAUAAUCGUUUACCCAAUAGUGUUUAAUAGCUCUCUCUGCCGGUUAAGCAGAGGACAAAACAGCUAAAGGAGGUAUACCUACCGGAGCUACCGGUAGUCCGGUAGUGAACAAUAAUUCAAUCUGACUUCACUGCAGUAGGUCAAAAAAAAGAUUUUUUUUGUUAAAAAAAAACGUUUAAUAAGUCACGAAAAACACAAACACAGUGUACGAGUGGUAAUGGGAGCAACUAUUGCUGAGACGGUUGCAGAAGAGAGAGAAAGCGAGGCAGACGAUGAAGAGAAAGAGAUUAAAAAAGUUGCUGUUGAUGUUGUUGCUGUUGUUAGUGUCAAUAUUGAAUCCAGAGAUCAUUAUUUCAUUUCCUGUUUCAGUUGCAGCAGACGACUCUCACCUCUCAAGCUAGGAUUUCAAUUAGUAACAUCACCAGCUUUUAUUUGAAAGAGGAGGAUUCUGUUUGAGCUUUUAAUAUAAAAUUAUUGUUAGUUACAACUGAAAACUUUCAUUUCUCUAAGUUUAUUAUUGGUUUUGGAUUACGAUGGAUGACAACGGGAAUGGAAUCGCUGUUUCCGAUUCAGGAGAUGCACUGUACAAGGAGCUGUGGCACGCUUGUGCUGGUCCUUUGGUGACGGUGCCUCGCCAAGGAGAGCUCGUUUUCUACUUUCCUCAAGGUCAUAUCGAGCAGGUGGAAGCAUCGACGAAUCAGGCAGCUGAUGAGCAAAUGCCAGCUUAUGAUCUUCCAGGGAAAAUUUUAUGUCGUGUGGUCAACGUCCAAUUAAAGGCUGAACCUGACACAGAUGAAGUGUUUGCUCAAAUAACUUUGCUCCCUCAAUCUGAACAAGAUGAGAACUUGGUGGAGAAGAAGGCUCUGCCUGCACCUACACGUCCACGGGUGCAUUCCUUUUGUAAGACUCUUACAGCCUCAGAUACAAGUACUCACGGUGGAUUUUCAGUUUUGAGGCGCCACGCUGAUGAAUGUCUACCUCCACUGGAUAUGUCUUUACAACCUCCAGCUCAGGAAUUAGUGGCCAAGGAUUUACUUGGAAAUGAAUGGCGGUUCCGCCAUAUCUUUCGAGGUCAACCGAGGAGACACCUUCUUCAAAGUGGUUGGAGCCUAUUUGUUAGUGCAAAAAAGCUUGUAGCAGGAGAUGCAUUUAUCUUUCUCAGAGGUGAAACUGGGGAGCUUCGUGUAGGAGUAAGACGUGCUAUGAGACAGUCAUGUAAUGUUCCAUCUUCUUUCAUGUCUAGUCACAGUAUGCAUAUUGGUAUUCUUGCCACUGCAUGGCAUGCAGUUUCAACAGGAACAAUGUUCACUGUCUACUACAAACCAAGGACUAGUCCUGCCGAGUUUAUUAUUCCCAUGGAUAAAUAUAUGGAAUCUGUCAAAAACAACUUUACUAUAGGGAUGAGGUUCAAGAUGAGGUUUGAAGCUGAAGAAGCUCCAGAACAGAGGUUUUUGGGCACUGUGAUUGGAGUUGAACAUGCUGAUCCCAAGAGGUGGCCCACUUCAAGAUGGAGAUGCCUCAAGGUGCGCUGGGAUGAAACUUCUUCUCUUCAUCGCCCAGAUAGGGUUUCCCCUUGGGAAGUAGAACCUGCUUUGGCUCCUCUAGACCCCCUUCCAACGUGUCGGUUAAAAAGGUCACGUUCGAAUAUGCCAAUGCCAUCUGCAGAUUCCUCUGCUGUAAUGAAGAAAGAUAAUUGGUUAUCAAGAGACCCGCAAAAUCAAGACAUCCCAACCAUGAGAAGCAAACUUGCUGUGAAUAAUUACUUAGACACUGCUCAAAAUCCUAAUGGAUGGACUCUCUUUCAAGGUAAAGAUCAGAAUGGCACUGAUUUUGACAAGAGAAGAUCUGGACCUGAUAAUGGGAUGCCUCAAAUGAUGCCUGGAGUAGAGUAUAAGAAUUCAACAACAGGACCAGAUACCAUACAUGAAACCUACGACUUUAGUCGACCUUUGGUUGAAUUCCACCCUGCUAAUGUUGACCAACUAAAGACUCAUGCGUUUGGUCAAGAAAGCAAAUUCAACCGGUGUCCUCCGUGCAAGAUGCACUCAAGUUCCCCGCAUAACACGCCGGAGUCCAAAUUAGAGCUUUGUGCUUCAAAAAAUAAAUACCAUUCAUUGAAUAUUAAAUCUGACACUCUUAGACAGAAUGAUACAGUGCAUGGUCUUGAAGUUGACUAUCAGCCUGGAAGCUGGAUUUCGCCUUUGACGAAUGCUGAUAAUUCUCCUUAUCUGGCAUCAGAAAAGCUAUAUCCUGUGGCUUUGCAACAGCAUGAGGUAAAAUCUAAAGAAGAUGGCAAUUGCAAACUCUUUGGUAUCUCCCUCAUUAGCAGUCCUGUGCCAAUGGAAAACGCAACGGUAGAUAAUAAUUUCAUGCAUAGGCCACAAGGAUUGUUCAAUCUUGCAUCAGACAAACUGCAAGACUUUGGCUCUGAUCUAUCAUUGCAGCAAUUGAAGAAACCAAAGUUUUUUGAUAGUACAAUUAGAUGUGAAGAAGAGAAGUUGUUUAUGGCUUCUCAUUUUAUCGAGGGCAAGCUUCAGAAUGGUUCAACAAGAUGUGUAAAGGUUCAUACUACUCGAGUUCACAAGCAAGGGAUUGCCGUUGGAAGGUAUGUGGACCUGACCAAGUUUAACGGCUAUAAUGAAUUGAUAGCAGAAUUAGAUCGGAUUUUUGAAUUCAGUGGUGAAUUAAUCACUUCAAAUAAAAACUGGUUGAUCGCUUUCACUGAUGACGAGGGCGAUAUGAUGCUUGUGGGAGAUGAUCCCUGGGAGGAAUUCUGUAGCAUGGUGCGUAGGAUCUUUGUAUACACUCGAGAGGAGAUAAAUAGGAUGAACCAACGAUCCUUGAACCCAGAGCUGGUGGAAAAUUCAGUAAUUGCAGACCAAUUAGCUGGUCCAGAAGAAAAAUAAAAUUUCAAAGCAUCUUCCAGAUGUGAACCCCUAGGAUAGGACAACGUUCUUAGAGAGACUUCUAAUUCGAUGGUGCAGGUCACUCUAAUAAACUUGUGAAAGUUUUGGCAUGGAUAUGCAUUUUGUGGCCUGUUGAUGACUUAAGGUCUAAAGCUAAAACCAAGACUAAGAUUGCCUUAGAGUCUAGUCUUUCUUUGAGUAUUUCUGGCAUUCUUUCCUCUUAUGUUUCAACUCAGGUUUGACAUUUUCUUUUAAAAGAUCGAGGAGAUUUGAAGAUA